AUGAAGGAGGCAGAGAUAGUAAAUCAGCGAGUACUAGCAGGCAAAGAGAAGGCACUCGGUCCAGGUCAUGUAUCCACUUUAAAUACUGUCAACAAUCUUGGUAUUCUCUACUCUAAUCAGGGGAAGCUGAAAGAGGCAGAGAUAAUGUAUCAGCGAGCAUUAGCAGGCAGAGAAAAGGCACUUGGUCCAGAUCACACAUCUACUCUGAAUACUCUCAACAAUCUUGGGAAUCUCUACUCUAAGCAGGGACAGCUGAAAGAGGCAGAGAUAAUGUAUCAGCGAGCAUUAGCAGGCAAAGAAAAGGCACUUGGUCCAGAUCACGCAUCUACUUUGACUACUGUCAAUAACCUUGGAAAUCUCUACUCGGGAAAGUUAGAAGAGGCAGAGAUGAUGUACCAACGAGCACUAGCAGGCGGAGAAAAAGCCCUUGGUCCGGACUAUCAUGGUUUGGCAGGAUGA